AUGAGGGUUUGUCUUUUGCUAUGUCUUGCCGCUGCUGGGGUCUGGAUAUCUGAGGGUUUGAAGCUCGGUGAAGCACCUCCUAAAGCCCUAAACCCUAAACCCUCAGCUGAUGCAGAGAGUCAUAAUGAGGGUUUAGUUGUGGAGGAAGAGCAGCAGCAGCUGCUGCUGCUGCAGGGAGCAGACAGCAGCGAGGAGAAGGACAAACAGCUGUGGGCUGCUGCAGCAGAGGCCCAGCUGCUUGCAGACACAGCAGCAGCAGCAGCAGCAGCAGCAGAAGUAGCAGCAGAGAACAACGAUGAAGAAGCAGUGCAGCAGUUUGCUGCUGCUGCAGCAGCAGCAGCAGAUGAAGCAGAGGCGCUAGCAGCUGCAACAGAAGAAACCCAGCAGCCGCAGCAGCAGCAGCAAGAGCAGAAGCAGGAAGAAGAAGUACAGCAGCAGCAGCAAGACAAGCAGCAGCAGCAGCAGAAAGAACUGCAGCAGCAGCAGCAGCAGCAGCUGAAAAUCUUCGCCCCCCGCAAUUUUCGUUUCGCUGAUCCAUCGAGCGGCAAAACCCUCAACGUUUAUUUCCACAAUGCAUUCGAACCGUUUGAGGGUUUAAGCUGCUCUUCGCUGAGUGAAGCACCUUCAAUAUGCGUUCAGCACCCGCGGUGUUAUGUUGCUGAGGGUUUAGAAUCUUCAACUUGUUUGUUAUCAUCUUCAUAUUUAUCUCUUGCUGCUUCAUCUCUUUGUUCUCGAGCUGAGCAUACACCCGAAGCUGCGCAUACACCCGAAGCUGCGCAUACACCCCAGGGCCUCCCCCCGCUCUCUGCUCAAGAACUUAAAGCUGUUGCAGCAGAUUUAUUUAAAGAGUUUGGCGUUGAGUUCGAACCCCUCUUCGCUGUCUUACAACAAAACACUGAAGACAAUCGCAGCAGCGUCUGCGCACUUGUUCAGGAGUUAGCAAGGGAGUUGCUGCAGACGGAGCGCAAUGUACAGCCAAUGCCUGAGCGUGCAGAGCUGCACAUCCUAAACCCUAAUGAGGAGACAGCAUUAAGAGCUGGGUCUGGGGUUUUGUGCGGAUCGAAGAGGGUUUAG